CCAGGUGGUUAGUCGUCCGUACCGCCUGCACUCUUUCUUGAUUACUUCGUCGUUCGCCGACGUUACUUUAUUGAUAGUCACAAAAUGAAUCAUAAAGUUAACGCGGUGAGAAGCUAGUAUUAAAGUAUAGAGGUAGAAAGCACCUCGAGUAGAGAAUUUUUUGUAAUUUGGUGCGAACUAAGAGAACAGUUAUGGUUGUGCCACGUUACAUGGCACGAGUUGGACGUGAAAACUUACCUACGUGCAUCUGAAAUCACCAAGUGAAGGCAUUGGUUAGUGUACGUGAUGGCAUGUAUCAUAUGUGUGAGUUACCCUAGUAGUGGUAGAGCAAAACGUAACAGCCCUUUGGCAGGAAGGGCAUCAUGCGGAAUGGACAUUAUCUUGUCAGAGUUCGUAACUCGGACCUCUGCAGAACCAGGACUAGCAAGGGACAUCUUAGAUGCUCAUGAUUGGGACUUACAAGCAGCCCUGUCAGCUUUCUACUUCUUGAAAGGAAUUCCUGUAUCCUCAGAAAAUAGCUCCGUAACCAAAGCUUCUAACAACUUAACAGGAAUUGAUUCCAUUCAAACGAAGGACAUUUUAAAUCACCACUAUUCAUUACUUGCAACAGAUACUCCUGAGGCUGGCCCUUCAAGCAAACCCAUAUCACAAAGAUUGAAUGGAUUAGGAGUGGAAGAAGCUGUAUCCAAGAAACUAACCAGAGGGAUCUCUAGAGCGACUAAUAAUGUUAACCUUGUGUCUCGAGCAAGAAGUGAGUUUGCACUGGAUUUCAAAGCUACUAAUAACAAGGAGAGUUCUCCACAGAUAUCACUAGAAAUGCCAGUGUGCACAUUUACCCUGCCUGAUCUUUCAAUUCAUCCAGAAAACUUUCGAGAAUUUCUUAAAAAAGAUUUGAUUGAAACAUCCACAUUAAUCUCUUUAGAACAGAGUGGAAGGCUAAAUUGGUGGGCUGACCAAGGAACGUGUCAGCGUCUCUGGCCUCUUGCAACUACUGGUGAUGGAAACUGCCUCUUACAUGCUGCUUCUCUUGGAAUGUGGGGAUUUCAUGAUCGUCUUCUGACCUUAAGAAAAGCUUUGCAUUCUCUUUUGACUCACAGCAGAUUUACCCAGGCUUUUUAUCGAAGGUGGCGUUGGCAGACAGCACUUCUAAACAAAGAAACAGGUCUCGUCUACUGUGAGCAAGAGUGGCAGAGAGAAUGGCAGGAUUUACUAAAGAUGGCAUCAUCAGAACCUCGUUCACGUAACAGAGAUAUGGACAGCAGUAUCAGUUGGCAAAAUAAAAGCAUCCUAGACAGUGUGCCUGAGAAUGAAGUUUUGUCUCAUGUGUAUGAAAGCUUGGAAGAGAUACACAUUUUUGCCUUAGCUCACGUCUUGCGACGAGUAGUCAUUGUUAUAUCUGACACAUUGCUAAAAGAUGCAACAGGAGAACCUUUUGCCCCUAUCUCUUUUGGUGGGAUUUAUCUUCCAUUAGAACAACUGCCAGCUGAUUGUCACAAGUCUCCACUGUGUCUCACAUAUGAUGCUGCCCAUUUCUCUGCAUUGGUUGCUAUGAAAACUGAACAUCAUGUUGAUAAAUUACUAAGUACACCAGCAGCCAUUCCUUUGACUGAUUCUCAGUGCAAACUUCUUCCUAUCCAGUUUGCUGUGGAUCCAGGAAUAGAUGUUCAAUGGAAUCAUGAUGAGAAUGAUCCAUGGGUCAUAUCAAAAUUAACACUAACAGACAAGGACAAGGUUGAUUUACUCAGUGAGUAUCUGGACAUUAUAAAUAUUUGUGUCUCUUCAGUCCAGAAACAACCUCAACAUGAAAAAUCGUUAACUGAAAUUACUCCAAUAAACGAAUUAUGUGAAGACGAAAAAAAGACACCUGUCAAUAGUUCAGGAUCUGAUGAAACAUUAACUGAUUCAGGAAAUAGUUCAUCACAUCCAAAGAAUAAGUCUGCCACACAGUUUCACACUGUUGCUAAACAGCUUGGCAGAAGCAUGAGUAAAAAGUUUAAGAAAAAUUUUGGUAGUAUAUCUCGAAAGGGUGUACAGUUAAAGGGGAUUACGGAAACACCUAAAACUAUUGUGGAUGUCUCAGCAGAAAAGAGCUGUUUAGGUGGUACCAAAGAUUGGGACAGCAAGAUGUCAAACAGUUGCAACUUUGUCCUUGGUGCUAUUAUGCACACAGACAAACAACAUGAAUACCAGGAAGAGAUGAUUCGUAAUUACUUAAACUCUGCCAGGGCUAGGUUUUUGCAGGAAAAAGAGGAAAAAAUUGGUGACAUACCAAACAUAGAAAUUCCUAAAACUGAUUUUUCAUCAUUUCUUUGUGUAAAUCCUGGGUGUUCCAUGUAUGGCACAGCUGCAACCUGCUACCUGUGUUCAUUGUGUUACAUAAAACAAAAGGAACAUGAAACUCAGGAGUUAGCAAAAAAUAGUUCUCUUAAAAAUUAAGAGUGCCAGUACGAGGCUACAUAAUCCACUCCAUCAUUGACAUUUCACAGUAAAAAAUUUAAGUGACCUUCUUAACAAACCAGUUAUUAGGACUGCAGUAUAGGGAAAAAAUUUAUUUCACACUUUUGUUUCAUAAUAUGGUUAAUGGACAUGUUAUAGUGCAGUCUGGGAAACCAAAUUGAAAACUUUGUAGUUCUUUUACUAAUUGCUCUGGUACUGAUAUAAUUGUAGUGUUAACAAAUAGUAUUCAUACAGUUGUGAGUGCAUCAAUAAAUUAGUGUGUUUAUAUUUCUUAUAGCUGUUGAUCUGGUAUACUUAGAAAGUACUCAAUGACAGGGUUGACAUACACAUUCAUACUUAUUAUUAGUGACCACAUUUACAAAUUUCUGUGCUGCAGACUUUGCAAGUGUUGGCACACUGGUGUGUUAAGACUACUUAUUGAACAGGUUGACAUACACAUACAUACUUAUGUUUGUGAGUAAAUUGACAAACUACUGGGUUCAGACUUUAUGAGUGUUGGCACACUUGUAUAUUCAGACUACUUAUUGAUCAGUGUGACAAAUUAUGUUGAUUCUACAUUAAGGUCAAUAUUUAUAUAUAUAGUUUUUCUUGCAGGCUGUUAAGGCAUUAGCUUAUUCAGGGCUGUUGAUACUGGUACAAUGAUAUCAGACAGUUGAUGCUAUUCCCUUGACAUUAUUUUGAAACAUCUUAGUGUGAUAAUACUUUUCUGUUACUCAGUUUAUGCAUCAGUAUAUUUUAGAUCAUUAAUUACCAUUUAUUCAGCAAUGUACAUUGUUUUUACUGAUAGAAUUGUAACAUAACUGUUUGAAUACUGUAAAAAAUAACCAUUAACUAAGAAUGGUUUUGUGUCAAUGAUGGAAUAUUUAAGCUGUACUUGUAAAGUACAACUGUAUAUUUGUGCAUUUAACUUUGCUUAUCGCAUUUAAAAAUUUUGUUCUUGAUUAUAACUCUAGUAUAUUUUCAAUAUAUUAUCCAAAAUAAGCAAGCCAUAAGUUUUAGUAUAUGCCAGAGUUUUUCUUCUUCCUAUUAUAAAAUAGUUGUAAUUUAUUGGUAAAACAACCCAAAAUGGUCAUUUAAACUUCUUUGUUGAUUUUACAAUAAGGUUGAAUAGGUUUCACUUGUCCCAGAUAGGUUGAUAAACUAAUACCAAUUAGUUACUCAGUAUUUCAUCUAAGCAAUAUGAAAGUUAACACAAGUGUUAGAGUUUGCUGGACAAUCUUGUAUUAGUUUAGAAUUAAUAAAUGUAAUGGUGGAUGCAUAUGUAAAAAUUGUCAAGAGUUCCAUUGAAUGAUAUCUUUUGUCAUUGAUUUAGUUGGGUUGAUGAUAGCUAAUAUAGUUUGAUAGUGAAAGCUUUGUUAUAUGACACAAGAUUCUUCACAUUACAAGAACGAAACUUGGCAAUUUUGUUUACUCCAGAAGUUACUUUUCUUUACAUUUUAAUAAAAUGUAUUAUGUUAUUGGAAUUAUUUAUUAUACAAUACAGAAAAUUCCUGAUAUUGUUGACCAAGUGUAACUGUUCUUUAGGGUGUGAAUAGAGAAAAUUAACUGGUGUAUAUAAUUCUUUAUAUCACCACUAAGAAAAUGUGAUAUUGUUGACGUCUACUUCAUGUUCUGUACACUUUAAGAAAUAUUAUAUUAUUAUUAUUAAUUGAUGUAUGUGAUUAUUUACACCACAACAAAGAAAAAUAAUGGCAUCAUUAUCAGGUGUUUUGUACACUACAAGGAAGAAAACUUGGGUGUUUUUAACUUGCAUAUCUGAUUCUUUUUUUAAAUAGUGUUAGAACAAUUUUAUUAUUCUUAAACCACAACGAAAAGUUUGAUUGCUGUCAGAGUUUAAUGUUUGUCAAACUGAAGUUGCAUUUUAUCUUGACAGCAAUUUAACAUUGUAAAACUAUUGUGACCAAUUGUUCUUAUUAUAGUAAAAAAAAAAGAAACUAUUAUUAAUAUAUUUUUACUUGUUAUACCUCAGGCUAGUAAGUGUCCUUUUUAAAACAUUUAAAAAUAUGUACUCUUCACAGAUAUAAAAGUGAAUAUUUCUGCUUAAAUAUUUUUCUUAAUUUUGGUAACCAGUCAUAACUGGGCUUCUUAAGUAGAAUUUUUACAUAUCAAGUCUUGCAUGUUACAAUCAUUUUGUAGACAUAUUUUAAUGUAUGUGUUCCUUAUGUUGUAAAGUUCUUCAAGAUAAUGUUACAUGUGUUAGGUAUACAAUUCUUCCAGGGUUGGACACUUAAUAACUUAUUCUUCACUUUACACCAGAAAAUAUGUUCUUUGUUUAUAUCUACCUUCUAAGGGUAAUGGAUCUGUACUUUUUUAGUUGUUGUGAUCAUUAAACUGUGAAAUGUGUACAUCAUCAUAACAAAUGUUUACUUAUUCUCACCUACUAGCAUAUCUGACUACUUAACAAUGCAUUUUCUUUGGGUCUCUAACUGAUUUCUCUUUUAAACAAAAAAUUUUUUCAUCUUGUCAAAAUUAUUAAAAUUGGUGGCAGCAUUAGGAUUGAAGUGGACAUUGUACCAGAAUCAGAUAGAUAUUUAUUAAGAUAAUGAUUUCAGUAGAAACUUAGUUUUGUUAACUCUUGGCGUAAGUGAACAGUUACAAAAUAACGAAAUUAAUGUGAUUAACUCGUCUAUGUAUAUAUUACCUGAUGAUUAGUGGUCCUGUUAUAAGUUCUGUGCUAAUGUGAUUUAUUUGUAUUUUGUUUGAAUAUUUGUAGAUCAGAAUUUGGUGGCACACAUCAGUUUGUGUGAAAUAUCAAAGUAUUAACAACAGUGACCAAUAUAGGCUGCAAAUUUAAUAUAUUAGGCAGUAUAUAUUUAUUGUGAAAACCUAUACAAAUGCAGGAACUGCAAUUCUACAUCCUGUGAGCAUUAACUGUAGAAACAGAUUAAUUACUAAUGACUUUGAUGAUAAAAUUUAUCUUCAACAUAAUUUUUGAAGGUUUUGUCAUGUAGAUUUCUUCUGUACUGAAUAUUAUCUCAAAUCAUAUAUGUAUGAUGAAAAACAAUAAUACUACUUUCUAAAGUU